AUGGCCGUCGAAACGUCGCGGACAAUUUACAUCGCCCUGCAGAGCACUGGUAUUCUAGAGCUGUCUUUCGAUCCGAGCGAACGCGACGUGCAGAAGGCUCUCUUCGUCACGUCGACAUGCUCGAGCUCGGGGAAAAUGCCCGGCUGGCUCACGUCACACCGUGACAGCGACAAGAUCUACAGCAUCAGCAGGCUGCACUACCCCGACGAAUCCGCCGAAUCCGGAGGGUUGUUUGCCUUUCGACAGCGCCGGCCGUCGAAGGCAUCGUCUCCCUCGGGGGAACCAGGCCCAGGCCUCGCUCCGGUGAAUGAGCGGAGCAGCACAGGGAAGGGCGGCGUGCAUAUUGACGUGUCCCCGGACGGAAAGCUUCUCGCUGCCGCGAAUAUCAGCGGGUCGACGGUUUCGCUGUUUCCUGUGGAUGAGGACAGUGGCGCCGUGGGUGAGCCAAGUGCUACCAUCUACUAUGACGGAGAGAGAGAAGGGCCGGCUGUCAAUGAGGGCAAGGGCUUCGCGAACCCGCACGAAGCGAGGUUUGACUGGACCGGAAGGUUUCUGUUUGUGCCGCUGAGGAGCGCGGAUAAGCUUGACGUGUAUGCGGUGGAUGGUGCGCUGGGGAAGCUCACGAAGAUUCACUCCGUUGAGCUACCGCCGAAGACGGGGCCGCGACAUACAGCGAUUCAUCGGUUUGAUGCGAAGACAUCGUACUGUUACCUGCUCAGUGAGAAGGAUAACACGAUCCGCGCGUUCGAGCUGACCUAUGGACAAAAUGAUAGUGGUCCGUCAAGUUCAAACGCUGGUGCACAGCAGCAUGAUGAUCUCCGCAUCUGCCUCAAACAGACCAUCUCCCUCCUCGAGACGCAGCCUGUCCAAGGUCAACGAUUCCUCGGCGCAGAAGUCGCCGCCAGCAACGACGGGAAAUUCCUCUACGCGUCCAAUAGAUUCUACCCCGUCGACAGCGUCGAUGGCGACACGCUGUCCAUCUACCGCAUCAACCCUGGCCAUGCUUCAAGUCCAAGCGACGGUAAUGAGAAUCACUUGACGUAUAUCGGCAGCAGUAAGGUCUUGGGCCACUCGCCGAGGAUGUUUGCGCUCUCGAAUGACGAGACGAACCGAUUCGUGGCCGUGGCGAAUGCAUAUGACCAGGAGAUUGUGGUGUUCGAGAGGGAUCUUGAGAAGGGGUUCUUGAAGGAUGUAAGAGGGAGAGUUAAGCUGGGAGAGAAUGACUCCACGUUGAGGAACGGGCCAGUUUGUGUUCUGUGGAAGUGA